AGACGCCAAAUUCAGCCCUCAGCCCCUCAGCCCUCCCUCAGCCUGGACUCGGUCAGACUGGAAACUCUGGAGGAGCUUCUCCGGGAACACACCGCACACAAACUGGGAGCUACGCCUGUUUUUAAGGACGCAGAAUAUGUAGAAAUGGAUUUUAUGAAGCUGAUUGGAGCCGUUUUGGCUCUUUGUUUUCCUCCAGGCUGCGCUUUAAAAGGGGGAUUCGCCAGUCAGAGGAUAUGCCGGCGGGGGACUGAGAGACCAUGCUAUAAGAUUUUUCACCAUCACGACAGCCGCUUUAAAGUGAGCUUUGAAGAGGCGAGGAAGACGUGCAGGGAGGAGGAUGAUGGAGAGCUGCUCAGCAUCGAGACGGAGAACGAACAGAGGCUGAUAGAGAACUUCAUUCAGGGCUUGAGGGCCGCUGAUGGAGAUUUCUGGAUUGGGCUGAGAAGGAGUCGAGGCUCGGGAACUGGAGACUGCUCUGCACAGUAUUACUGGCUAGAUUACAGCCAGACCACCUUCAGGAACUGGAGGUGGAGUGAGCCCUCGUGUGGGAAUGAACAUUGUGUUUCUCUAAACCACAAACCCACCAAUCAGCCUUCUCUGAAAGCCCUCUAUACCUUUAAGUGGAGCGACACGCACUGCAACAUCAAAAACAACUUCAUAUGCAAGUACUCAGAAAAGGCUCUGCUUCCCACUCCUGCAGGAAAUUCCACUGCUCUCACAGUUGCACCCAAAAUAAUUCAGUCUGUCACACUGGAUUAUGAAAAGAUAAAAACAGGAUUCUCAGAAUCAUCAGUAUCUCUUUCAGACGACACCAUCAAUGUUUACUACAUCCUCCUGGCUACACUGCCUGUCCUGCUGCUGCUGAUACUGGUGGUCUCUGGUGUCUUCUGCUAUAGAGUCAUGUCUAAAAAGAGAAAGGGGGAGCAGAAUGAUAUCUACGCAGUUCCUGGGCAGUGGGUGUCUGCUGGAGCUCUCAAAAACUGCAGCAACAGCAGUCGUGCUCCUGCUCACAGAGCCAAUCAACCUGUGGCCCACCUGGAAUACAUGAGCUCAGAAAUCAGCAGGACUUUUAUUGUCAGGGGGCCGAGCGGACCCUCUGAUCACUAUGAGAACGUGCCGGGCAGUUCGGCAGGGUUCGUCACCAAUGACAUCUACGAGACCUGCCGCAGUCCGGCGGCUGGAGAGGCAGGAUGGGUUGAUAAUGACAUUUAUGGAUACUGAGAAUACUGGCAGGGUCUGUUGGUGGGAGCCAGACUGAGUGACCACCCUUCCGCCAGGCUGUGCCCGGCUGGAACCAGGCUAAAACCCUGUAUCUGACCUCUAUCUCUUGUCUCAUCUCUGCUUUUGGACUCUUUUGGCUCUGCCCUGUAGUGACCUAACAUGAAGGACGAGUGGAUCAUAUGAAGGAGCUUUUGGUCUACAAUAAGCCCAGGUCUCCAAAACCCAGCACAAAGAGAUAUAUCGAGGUGUCAUCGCCUCAUAGCAGCUUCCUCUGCGGCCGCCGCUGUCCGGGAACAGGAGAGUCCGGUCGGAAAGUCUCACGAUAGUGCCCUGACCCUCCUGCUCCUGCGCUUGUAUGAACAAUGUCCAGUCCCACCUCAGAAAGGGCCUUCUCCAGCGGAUGCCCAUUGAAGUCCCCUUUUGUUUUUCACAGUGUUCUGAUUUUGGAAUCAUUUGUCUCUUAGUUCAAAGGCAAAAAAGACAAAAAAACAAAAGAGACAGUUUUGCUUAGCUUGGAUAUUCCGAAUGGAUAAAGAAAUCCUGCUCUUAACAUCCUAAAACUUUCAACAUUUCACCUUUUUUUACCUUUGUUCCAUGAAAUUACAGUGAGGGAAACACUGGCACAGUUUCCUCUUAGUUGUUUGGACUGGUGUUCUCAAAAGGUUUACAACAAGAGAUUCCCAUGUAGGUAUACUAUAUGUACAUAAAUAUAAGCUAUUCAUCAUCAAAGCAGUCAGUAUUCUGCUUAAACUUGACACUAGACGAUGUGAUGCAAAUGAUGAUGCAGGGUUUACAAUUCAAAAGAUCACAAUAUGUUGCGUUACUCUAAGCAAGGAGAUUUGUUGCCGUGGUUUAAAUCAAAUUUUAGGAGAACUUUUAUAUUAUAAAUAAAUACACUAUAAUACACUGCCUGGCCAAAAUAAAAAUCUCCACCUGGAUUUAAGAUUUAAGUAAGUAAAUGAUGUGGGGUUGGUUGGUUGAUGCUGCAGUUGGUCUCCGCAGGUUUAGGUUCAGCAACACUAUGUGCUGAAAGAAUGAGGUCAGCUGACUCUACCUGAAUAUACUGAAUAUAGACCAGGUUAUUCCAUCAAUGGAUUUAUUUUUUCUUCCCUGAUGAACACGAGCAUAUUCCAAGAUGACUAGAACGCCAGGAUUCAUGGUGCUGGAAUUGUGAAAGAGAGCAUGGAGGUUCAGGGAGCAUAAGAUCAUCAUUUUCACACAUGGAUUGAGAGAGAGUUCACCACAGAGUCCAGAUCUUAACCUCAUUGAGAAUCUUUGGGAUGUGCUGGAUGGAGAAGAGCUGCUUUGUGCAGUGGUCAGACUCUACCAUCAUCAAUGCUGCUGCAAGAUCUUGGUGAAAAAUGUAAUUAAUGCAGCACUGGAUUGAAUAAUAAAUAAUAAAUCUUGUGACGUUGCAGAAGCUUAUUGAAACAAUUC